AUGGAGUUUAUAGAUGAUGAUAUAAUGGACGUCAUCCCUCUAUGCAUUAUACCGGGCAACACCACAGGUACCUCCUCCAAUGCUGGAGAUAAGCAAGGUAAUACCUCUGGUAACUCCUCUCUUCCUAAAGACAUGUAUUACACUGAUCACGCUAUAAGGAGACUAGUUACUAGAAUACUGAGUGAAGGACAUAAAGUUGAAGGGGUCUCUACCCCUCUGUCCAGAAGGGAACCUUCUCCUGAAAGAAGACCUCAUGCUGAUAAAGAUGAUGAUUCAUCUAGAUCAGAAAUAGAGGUGGCUACUGAAGGGCUUUGCUCUCUAGAUGGAGCAGCAAAGUGGAAAUAUGUCAUUCAGAGACGAGUAGCCAUUGAAAGAGAACUGGGUCAAGAAGCUGUAGAGGUAAAGGAGGUUAUUGAGUUGAUAAAAAAUACUGGACUCAUGAAGACUGUGGCAACUCUACCCCAAUGCUAUGAGGGGCUGGUUAAAGAGUUUAUUGUUAAUAUCCCUGAGGAUAUUCAUGAUAAGAACAGUAGGGAGUUUUGCAAAGUUUUUGUAAGAGGCAAAUGUGUAAAAUUCUCACCAAAUGUCAUCAACAAGUUCCUAGGAAGGGGAAUGGAUGGAGGAGUAGACUUAGAAACCACAGACAAUGAGGUCUGUAGGACUAUCACAACUGGCCAAGUUAAGGAAUGGCCUAGUAGAAAUCACUUAUCAGCUGGAAAACUAAGUGUUAAAUAUGCCAUCUUGCACAAGAUUGGCUCAGCUAAUUGGAUUCCUACUAAUCAUGCAUCUACUAUCUCCAUCAAUCUUGGAAGAAUUAUUCAUGCUAUUGGAACAAGGUUACCCAUUGCCUUCCCUUCCCUUAUUUGUGGCAUAAUCCUAAGUCAACAACCAGGGAUUCUGAGCACAAGUGACAUACCAAGCAGGAGAAAAUCCCCUUUGUCCAUCCAUUACAAGCUGUUUGAGGGAAGUCAUGUCAAUGAUGUCAUGACAUCUGCUAAGAGGGAGCCUGCAUCCAAAGGAAGUCUGAUUGAUCAACUGAAAGAGACAUGCAAAGAACUGGACAAUGGUAUAAGGGUGGCCAAGGCCAGAAAAGAAGCUUUGGAAGUUCUUAUCUGUAGCCUGGAGAAGGAAGAAGUAGAAAAGACUGGGAAUGACUCAACUACAAGAUCAAAAUCCCAAUCCAGUGGAGGUUCUGGAAGCCCAGAAAGUUCUGAAGGUACAGGUGAAGAUGAAGAUGAAGGUGAAGAAGAUUCUUCUUCUGAUUAA